UGGGGCAGUGCCGCACAGCCCCCGGAGCCAACGAGAAGUUGGUGAUUAAAUUAGUAAAUCCCUCGCUCUAAUCUAACUAGAUAAGAUAUCGCGUAUUAUAAAGUGAAAUUUGAUUAAUUGAAUUUGCCAAAACUUAAGUUCGACUUGCGCUGUGGGCAACUUAAAAAAGAGUAAUCGCGUUCGGUAAAAAAAUCAGAAAACGCAAGUGCUGUGUAUUGCAACAAGUGGAAUUUACACAUUAACUAUUAACAAAACGUUGACCGCCAGCUGCCUAUAAAGCACAGUUAACCAUGGAUUUCUGGGGCAUCUUUAUGUUCUUCGCGAUUGCGUUCGUAAUCAUGAGCUGCUGUGGCUACUGCUGUUCCAGCAAGCGCCAUGGGACCGUGUUGUCAACUCCCGUUGUGGUUACAUCGGCCACACACACCGCUCCUGGCGGUUAUCCAGUGACAACUGUGCCAGCUAGAACCUAUCAGACGACUACAUAUGCAACGCCUUAUCCCGCCCAGACCACAGGGCCCAAUCUCACCGUGCAGAUGCCAAUGCCGAUGCCAACAACACAUUCACCAAUGCCUGGCGUGCAACAACCACAGGGCGCACCUUAUCCACCUGUGCAGCAAUAUCCUGGCGCCAAUGCGGCAAACAUGAAUCCGCCAUCCUACGAUGCGGCGAUGGCCAAUUCGAGUCCCUCCGUUGCGGCUCCCGGCUAUGAGAAGCAAAUGCCUUACAAUCCCAACUAUUAAAUCGAUUGAUCUGUACCUCAAUAUAUGCCUCAUUUCAUCCAACAUUUCCAUCAAGUAUUGAUGUCUCACAACAACACUUUUUCAACGAAACAAAGAAUGAGAAACAAACAAACAAACAAAACCAUCUAAACUAAGUGCUUCAAAGUUGCCCACAAUUUAUUAAUAUAGACGAAUGCGAUAUAUGUUGCAGGCAACAAAAAAAAACCAAAAA